GCCCAUUCAUUGUACAAAUGACAUAUACUUUCCAAACAAAUGACAUGCUCUAUUACAUCCUGGACUACACUGCAGGUGGUGACCUGCAGACUCUGACCAAAGACAAUCAUUUGUUGGAAACAGAAGCUCGGUUUUACACCGCAGAGAUCAUUCUGGGAUUGGAACAUAUUCACAAAUACUCCAUCGUUUACAGAGACCUGAAGGUAGGCCGAGGACCAAGCUGGAUUGUCUCAGGUAGUAUAGUCAGGGGCACGGGGGAAUUUUCCUGAGUGGGAAAGGAAAGUUAUCACACAGUUAGUACUGAGGGAGGGUCAGCGC